UUGUUUGAUUGGGUCAGGAAUUCGUUUCUGAGCGAAGUGCUUCUUCCAACGCAACGCUCGCUCAUUUCGUUGCAUAAAGUGUCUAUCCAUAAUCAAAGAUGACAUAUUUCACAAACUGGGAUGAGUUCGCCAAGGCCGUCGAGAAGCUACAUUCAGUAAAUUCAGAGAAGUGCAGGUUUGUAACCAAGUAUAAUCAUCGAGAUGGCAAACUGACGAUGAAGAUGACAGAUGAUGUUGUCUGCGUUCAAUUCAGUACGAAUCAGCUGCAGGACGUGAAGCGACUGGAGAAGCUGUCGGCCACGUUGAUGCGAGCAAUGGUUUCUCACUAAUUUUUGACGUUCGCUUACUCCAUCCUUUUGUAACCUUUCUACAUCUUGUCGGGUUCCUUCAUGUAGAUUGCGGUUGUUUGGCCGCAUCAUUGUUUGCUUACGUUGACC